CCGCAAAGUACAACGUCACCACCGAGUUCCCCCAACUCGGCCUCCAUGCCGCCGCAGUGAGCGGCAACAUUGGCUUGGUCAGGUAUGCCCUAGCCAACGGUCAGCCGGUCAACUCUGUCCAACAUGGCAUCCUCCCCCUCCAUGCUGCCUGUACCUCUGGAAACGCAGACGUAGUCCGAGAGCUACUCGCCGCAGGCGCCGACGUGAACGCACCACGUCUUCCACGGCGAUAUAGCAACGACCGCCAGACACCAGCACUCGGCGUGGCGGGUAGUACCCCCCUCCACUUCGCAGCUGCAAGCGGGCACGAAGGUAUCAUCCGUCUCUUGCUCGAGGUGGGCGGCGACCCACUCAGAGGGGACAAGAAUGGCGUAACCCCUAUCGAAGUUGCCGAGUCCAACGGUUACGUUGACGCUGCUACGCUCUUGCGUCUUGCGGCAGCCGGAGCACUCAUCGCGGACCACUCGGGUGACCCCCUCGCUGGCCCGAGCUCGGGAGCGGGGAGGGACCCGAAACUGCAAAUCAAGCGCAGUUUAGACAACCUCCUCCAUAUCCGAUCGAAGAAUCACUCUCCUGGCAUCGUAGGCGCACCUGUACCCCGAAGAAGUACUUCCCCAGGAGAAGCCCCGCGGCCUCCGCAUUCCCCACUCCCACCUCUCCCCCUCGCCCACAUAUCCGAAAAUCAACCAGAGAGCGACGGUGUCCCCUCUCCCUCAACCGCGUCGACUAUCUCUGCCCCUGGUUCUAGUAUCCCCGUUCGCUCCAAACCACCCACAACGGUGCGGAAGAUUGUGCACCGUCGGCCGCGCUCAGCAGG